GUCAACUUGAGAGUUUGGACGUCUAUUUUGCCUCCACUAUUUCCUGAACUUCAAUACCACAAAGAAGAAGAAGAAGAAGAAGAAGGAGAGAGAGAGAGAGAGAGAGAGAGAGAGAGGGAGGGAGGGAAAUGAGAGACUGCGAACUAUGCGGAUUGCGAGCGAGGAUGCACUGCGAGUCGGACCAGGCGAGCUUAUGCUGGGACUGUGACGAGAAGGUUCACGGCGCGAACUUCCUGGUGGCGAAGCACACUCGGAGCCUCCUCUGCCAUGUGUGCCACUCUCCGACGCCAUGGAAGGCCUCCGGUCCCAAGCUCACCCCGACCGUGUCCGUCUGUGAGAACUGCGUCGAUUGCCAUGGCAGGAGGCUCGAGCGAGGUCGCGAUGAGGAAAGCCAGGGAGGAAACGACGAAGACGACGAAGAAGAUGAAGACGAUGAAGAUGAGAUCGAUAUGCUUAGUGUACAUGAUGAAGAUGGAGAUUCUGACGAUCAGGAUGAGGACGGAGAGAAUCAGGUCGUUCCGUGGUCGUGUUCCUCUUCGGCUCCCCCGCCCCUGUCGGCGGCGGCGGCGGCUUCUUCGAGUACAACGAGCGAGGAGGAGGAGAGGCUUAAUUCAGUGUCGAAGCGAAUGCGAGAGAAAACGGAUCUGGAGUCCGAUGAUGAAGCGACAUCUUCGGGAUCAUUCCGGUCGGUGAAGCGGCCGAGACUGGGCGAAGACUACCGAUCAGUGGCUCAGGACGAUCACGGUCAAACGGAGUCAGCAAGGUCAACGGCGAUCAUUAGCUCGCUCCAGAGGCUCACAAAGGACGCGAUCACAGACGUCCAUGAUGCGUCCGCCACAAUCCUAGGGAUUUGCAAACUCAGCAGAGAUCAGAGCCGUUGAUCUCUCUUAAUCGGUCCCUCAUUUUGCACUACCUUUUUUCUGUGUUUAUCCAUACCUAACCAUACGGCUUUGCUUUGUUUCUUUUCUUUUCUUUUCUUUUCUUUUCUUUUUGAUUAAUUACAUUGCUAAUACAAGAUUGAAUUCUUCUCAUCAUUAAGCCUGUAAAUUAGAAUGUACUUUUUCCUUUAUUUUUCUUUUUAGAUCA